UCCCGCAUGAAUCAGGAGCGAGCGUUCGUAACACAAGGCUGGCCUCGCGGGCUGGGGGGCCGUCGUGUACGUGGAUGGGCGCGUUCGUCCCGCCGUGGGUGAUUCCCUCAUGAAGCAGCGCCUGGGUGGGCCAGGGACACCUUUGGCAACACCCCACGAGGGCUGGGUACCCCUCCUGCCCCGCUUCGCCUCGCGCGCGCGGGCGCUGCCCAGUGCGGGCGGCGCCCUCUGCGUCGACCUGCUGCUGGCGGCCGGGGCGUGCCCAGGCAGGAGCGUGCGGUUGGUGGCGGAGGUCCCGCCCGCCUACAGGUGGGAGUCACGCACGCGCUCCGCCGCCGACGGCCAGAGCAGCCUCGCGCUCUCGGGGUGCACGGCGCAGAUGUCAGCGAGCCAGGUCGCGUCCCUGAGCGAGGUGACGUUCCAGGUGGUUCACGACGACCUCGCCGACAGGCUGGGGAGCAACCAGACCGAGCGCGCGAACUUCCAGCAGGGGCUCGAUAGUCUGGCCCCGCAGGGCCAGAACCUGACGGCCGAGGGCAUCGACAGGGAGCUCGCCGCGCGAGCAGCGGUGGACCUGAUGGCCGACCUAGUCCGAAUGCUGAGCCCAGUGUUGCAGUCCGAGUCGGUGGACGUCAGGGACGUGCUGCUCGCGGAAAUCCCAGGCCCCACGGGCGAUUCCAGAUCUACCUGGACGUUCGGCAGCCUCGUGGCAGGGAUCCAGUACCGCCCACUCGAUGGCGCCCCAGAAGAGGGCGCCGCGUCCGCGAGGCGACCUGGCGGCCCCAGCGUGCCCGCCAUCGCGGUGCUGGCAGAGGCCGCCGCCAGCUCUGGCGACGGGCUCGCAGAGGAGGAGGACUGGGGCGACGGCGGCCCAGACGGUGAGGGUAGGAGGCUGUUCAUCAACCUGUCGAUGCUCUACGGCAUGGAGAUCGGCAUGAAGUCCAACGGCAUACUGAUUGGGAAGGCGUGGAUCUUUAACGCCAUGGACGUCAUGAAGGGCCUGCUUCUGGGAGUCGCCCUCGCGAGCGCCCGGGGCGCGGAUUGGUUGUGGGACACGACGAUGGAAUGGGUGCAGGAGCAUAUUCCAGGCGACAACUGGCACGUGCGAUCCGUGGGGGCAAUGUUCCAGGGGCUGUCCAUCCAGGACAUGACGGACAUCACAGAGAUGCUGGAUCUCGACGUCUGUGGACUCAUAAACAGCGUCUUGCUUUUCUACGAGCUGGACCCGCACCCUUGCUGGCACUUCUGGGCUGCUGGCAUUAUCCUACUGGGGUACAACGAUCUUCCGCAAGGGGCAUUCGAGGAUCACGAUAGCACCUUCGAGGGGCGGCCGCUCAUGACUCGCGACCCCGAGGCUCAGGGCAUGGAG